CAGAGCGUUUGUGUCUAACUAUGGCGAAGUCGAUGUAUCUGCUGUGGGGGUCGGGAUCCCCUCCCUGCUGGCGCCUCAUGAUCACCCUGGAGGAGAAGAAACUACAGGGAUACAAACAAAAACUGCUGUCUUUUGAGAAAGAGGAGCAUAAAUCUAAAGAGGUUUUGGAAAUCAACCCCAGAGGACAGCUUCCUACCUUCAAACAUGGAGACGACAUAAUCAAUGAGUCUACUGGAGCGUGUUUAUACCUGGAGAAUCAGUUCAAGUCUCAGGGCAACAAGCUGAUCCCUGACAGUCCUGCAGAACAAGCUCUGAUGUACCAACGGAUGAUGGAGGGUCUCACUCUAAUUGAGAAACUAAACUUGGUUGCCUUCUAUGACUUCUACGCCCCUGAAGGGGAGCGCCAUGACUCUGCUCUGAAGAGAAACAAGGACAAUCUGGUCACUGAGCUUAAACUCUGGGAGAGCUACCUGGAGAACGUGGCUGCAGGCCGUUACCUAGCAGGAGGAUUCUCCUUAGCCGAUGUUGUCGUCUUUCCAAGCGUUGCUUACGCCUUCCGUUAUGGGCUGUCAGUGGAACGAUACCCCAAACUGGCCAAAUACUACAGCCUUCUGAAAGACAGACCCAGCAUCAAAGCUACUUGGCCCCCAAAGUGGUUCCAAAUCGAGCAAAGAUCUGAAAGCCUGAAGGAUAUCUGAACAACGAAAAUACAGUCUUCAUCUUUACUUAACGUACUGCUUUUUCUGAAAUUACAAACUUAAUGUAGCAUGACUACUUUACCUUGUUCAUACAGGUCAAUCAUCACAUGUUUUCUCUGCUUGAGGAUAAUUUGUCAGGUCAGAUGUGUCGUGCGGGUUUUACUUACAAAGUUGAAUUCAGAUGAACAAAAAAAGUGGGACUAAUGAGUUCAUUGACUAAUUACUAAAUGGAUGUUAUGCUUUGUCACUCAAUAAAGUCAUUUCAAAACGG